AUGGCAGCAGAUGAAGGUGCACAGGACACCUUACGUCUCCAGUUCAAGGCCAUGCAGGAGAUGCAGCACAAAAGGUUACGGAAGCAGAUGGAGAAACAGAAGGAAAAGGAACUGAGCCUCAAAAUCAAAGUCGAUGACCAAAAAGAGCUCUUGGAGAUUUCUGAUGGCCUCAGCCUUCUCCAACCUGGGGAUCAAAACUCGAAAAACAGCUUUGAGCAGAGGAUGCUUGAAGAUGAGAUUGCACACCUUCGAGAACAGCUCAGGGAGACGGUGGAUGAAAAUGGGCGAUUGUACAAGCUGCUGAAGGAAAGGGACUUUGAAAUCAAACAUCUCAAAAAGAAAAUAGAAGAGGACAGAUUUGCCUUCACAGGCACAGCCGGUGUGGCCGGGGAUGUGAUUGCCACCAAAAUCGUCGAGCUGUCCAAAAAGAACCGGGUGCUGACGGCAGAGUCAGAGGGCGCGAAAAGCAGAGUGAAGCAGCUGAGCAAUCGUGUCCAGGAGCUGGAGCAGGAACUGCAGGCGGCCCUGGCCAGGCUACCAGCCAAGGCAGCCACCGAUGCGGGAGCCAAAGCGUCGAGGGCUCAGAUGGGAGACAGAGCCUUGCCAGAGACCCCAGAGGUGAAGGUCUUGCAGGACAGACUGACGGCCACAAACCUGAAGAUGAGUGACCUCCGCAAUCAGAUCCAGUCUGUGAAGCAGGAGCUCCGGAUGGCCCAGAAGGUUUUGACCAGCGAGGUCGGGGAAGAUGUGAAUGUCCAGCAGCUCCUGUCCUCCCCGGGGACCUGGAGGGGCCGGGCUCAACAAAUUCUCGUGUUGCAAAGCAAGGUUCGCGAGCUUGAGAAGCAGCUGGGACAGACCCGAAGCCAGUCUGCAGGAACAUCCCAUGACAAGCCGCCUGUCGGUCCAGACCCAAGGAAGCUGUCGGCACAGGAGAAAAACCUGCUGAGGAUCCGCAGCCUGGAAAGGGAAAAACAGGAGGGCUGGGAGAAACUCAUGGGUGAGCGGGAUGCCCUCCAGAAAGAGCUUGAAGAACUGAAAAAGAAGUUGGAGGGCGUGAAGUCCCGGAAUAAGGUGCUGUCAAGCGAAGUGAAGACCCUCAGGAGUCAGAUGGGGACCCUGGUGGAGAAAGGCCGACAUGACGAUGAGCUCAUCGACGCCCUCAUGGACCAGCUGAAGCAGCUCCAGGAGAUUCUGGGCAGCCUGAGUCUGCAGGAGGAGAAGACCCGGGCGUCGCAGCACCAUCUGGACCAGCAGGUCAACAGUGAGGCUCAGCAGAGCAUCAGCCUCAUCACCCAGCUGCGGGCCAUGGUGGCUGAGCGGGAGGCCAAGGUACAGCAGCUGGAGUUGGAGAUUGGCCAACUCAGUGUGCAGUAUCUUCAGAAUAAAGAAGUGGGCAAGGGGUCCAGUGGGACUGAGGUCAACCCCGCCUACACCAAGUUCCUGGAGGACCCUGGCCAGCCCAAGCCCCCAGCCUCAGCAGGCGAUCACGUUGGCAGGCUUGGAUCUUCUCGCUCCGUGACCAGCCUGGGCCACACGCUGGUGGAAUCUGCUCUCACGUGGCCUUCUCUGCCCAGUCCUCAUGGGGCCUCACCCAGGUUCUCAGACUCCCCUGAACAGAAAGGCUGGCAGGCACAGGUGGCAGAGUUCAAGGCCCUCUGGCAGGCCGCUGAAGUGGAGCGUGACCGGCUUACCGAGUUUGUCACAGUCCUGCAGAAACGGGUGGAGGAGAGCAACAGCAAGCUUCUGGAAUCAGAGAAGAAGCUGCAGGAGGAGCGGCAACGCAGCGUGGUGCUGGAGCAGCAUCUGGAGAAGAUGCGCCUGGAGCCUGGGAGGACGUCAGUCAGUCAGAGAGCAGCCCCCAGGAGCAAAACAGGUCUGCCCGCUUCCAGCACCAGGCACAACCCGAACAGGAGUGAAAGGAAGGACCCAUCCCUCACCCAGCUCUCCAAUGUGCCCAUGGAAUCACAGAUGGAGGAGCUGACCACCAGGCUGGCCAUCCAGGUGGAGGAAAACGAGAUGCUGAAGGCUGCCCUGGGCAGUGCCCUGCGUGGAAAGGAGGAGGAUUUCCGAAUGUACCACGAGACCCUGGGCCAGGUGAAAGGGGUCUUUCUGCAGGCCCUGCGGCAGCAGAAGGCAGACACUGCUAGGAUGGUGGCCCGGUGUCAGCCUGGUGGGACGGGGCAGCCUUAG